AUGAAAUAUAUUGUUAUGCUGCAUGGUAUGAUUAACAAUGUUUUUUCUUGCACUUUGAUUAAUAUUUAUGUGCCUAAUGAUGUGGCUAAUAGAAGAAGUCUGUGGGAGGAGCUGUUAGGUAUAAAAAUUAUCUCUACUACACCACGGUGUAUUGGGGGAGACUUUAACGAAAUUAAAGCUAUUACCGAAGGGGUGGGCUGUCAGAUGUUGGAAAGAGGAAUGAAAGAUUUUUUGGAAUUUUGUAAUAAUAUGGAGCUCAUCGAUCUACCAAUGUUGGGUAGGAAGUUCACAUGGACAAACUAUCAAGACCAUGCAAUCCACAACUGUCUGGAUAGAUUCCUCAUAUCACCACAGUGGAUGGAGAAAUUCAAGGUCCUCCAAUGGGGGCUUCAUAGACCAAUCUCAGAUCAUUGCCCAAUCGUUCUCUUAGAUGAUGGCAGAGAUUGGGGCCCUAAGCCCUUCAGAUUUAUGGAUAUUUGGUUGUCGAAUCCCAAAUGCAUGGCUAUUGCUAAGGACACUUGGGAGAAUACGCAAGUGAGUGGAUGGGCUGGUUACAUGAUUUUGCAGAAAUGUAGGGCCAUCAAAGAGAAGCUUAAGGUAUGGAACAAAGAGGAGUUUGGGGAUGUAAAUUCAGUCUUACAGAUAAUAGAAGCAGAACUCCAUCAGUUUGACUUGAUUGCUGAGGAAAGACAGCUCAGUGCAGAUGAGAGAGCCUCAAGGUGUAAGUCCAAGUCAGAAUUUUGGAGACUUUCCCGAUUGACAGAAUCCUUGUGGAGACAAAAAUCGAGAGUGAACUGGAUGAAAUUGGGCAAUAAGAACACUAGAUACUUCCAAGCCAUUGCGAACAAUAGGUUUCGAAGAAACAUGGUGGGCUCAAUAAAGGUGAAUGGUACACUGUUGGAAGAUCCCAAGGAUAUUAAGGAGGCAGCAAUUGAACAUUUCAGGAGGAAUUUUCAUGAGGAAAAAGUAUCUAGGCCAAUGCUGGGGGGAACUUUCCAAAGGAAAUUAGAUCCGGAUAAAUCACUUCAUUGUGGCAGAUUAUUUGAAGAGGGGGAGAUCUUGGAGCCCUGA